GCAGCUGUUGAUGCUAUGAACCCUUCACCAGGCUGCUCGAGCUCGCGGCUCAAGGACCAGGAGAUCGAAAGCCUCGAAGGUCAAAUCGCUCAUUCCGGGCGCGUGAACAGCAAGCUCCUGCAGACCGGGGACGAGACCCACUUUCUUGCUAAGGAGACGAUGGAGAUGCUGAGUCAGUUCAAGCGGAUGCGCGACAUGCCCGAGGAGAUCCGGAAGGUUCUCCGCCAGUUCGAA